CCCAAAAGAAUGUAGGCCUACUUUUAUGAGCGAGUUUUAUUCUACCCUCUCUGAAAAACAAAUUAAAUAAGUGAAAUUGUUUAAUUUCGCGUGUUUGUGUAGCAUUCUCUUCGUAGUAGGCGGAUCGUGUACCCUAGUCGAGACGCUGUAGACCAGCUAUCUCUACAAACAAGUAAACAAACAUAUAAUUAAGUUAGGCUAAUUGUUGCAAUAUGCCCUGCAUUAAUCUCGCAUGUAGACGUUAGUGUAACUGCCCGUUGGAUAGUCCUAGGCUUACGCUAUAGGAUUUUUGUUGUUGUUGAUUAAAUCCGAAAAAUAUUGUACUUUUCUGGACAUAAAUAGAUGAGUAUGAAGACGAGAAGACCGAAGGCUUCGGGAUUUUAAGAGAACCCUGACAUGUCCGGUCCCACCUGGCUGCCGCCAAGGACUCUGGGUAGCCCAGAGAGAGCUGUUCCCCAGACGUCCCACUCCGGGCCAGUCAUGUACAGACAGCCGCCCAUGAAGGUCUCCUCGGACCCCCGGCCCAAGUAUGGGGUCUAUGACCAGAAAGGAGGAGGAGGAAUGGCCACUAGGUACAUGGCUACUGGACCCACAGGUGGGCCCAUGCAGCACCAGCACCAAGAGGACCCAGAGUUUCACCCUAAAUCUAAGGAGCACUACUACCACGGGUCCAAAGAAGACCGCUCCCGGAACCCUCACAUGGACAGCUAUGAGCUAAUGCAUCGUGGACCUGAGAAGCCGAGUGGACGCCACUCCAACAUCGAUGCAGAGAUUGACUCUCUCACCUGCAUGCUGGCCGAUCUGGACAGCCAUCCACAGAACAGCACACAGCUGUACGACAACGUGCCUUACAACAAACACAUCUCAGGGGACCGCUACAAACCUACAACCCAGCCAGGAGCACCCUCUCAGGGCAGGCCGUCCAUGGGUUACCCCCCUCAUCCCCAGUCCCAGUACCAUCCAGCACCCCUAUACCCCAGUGAUCCCCACCAGGUUCCCCAGUACUCCCCCCAGCCAGACUACACCUACGCCCAGGUCUCCAAACCCUACCCCCAGCCCGUUCCUGCCUCCUACACCACCUCUUCCACCCCUACUGGCCCGAGGUUCAGCGUCCAGGUAAAAACAGCCCAGCCUGUCACCUACUCCCAGACUGGUAGACAAGCCGAGCAGGCUUACACCCCUCCUCCACCCCACCAGCACACCUCACGUCCCCCACCCCAGAACCAGACGGGCCCCCAGGGCUGGUACCCUCCCCAUCCCGCAUCCCAAGCCCAGGAGCUGCACUGUGAUGGGGCCUACAAGGAGAUCCCCGGGGGGUCUAGAGGGCGUGGGAACCAGGGCCCCACGCCCAAGAGGGGCCCGGAGAUUCACCAAUCAGGGUCAGGCUCGGCCCCAAGUCCUGCCUAUCAGCCCAGCAAGCAGGGGUCAGCAGCUCCGAGGCAAGAGGAGGAGUUGGACCGGCUCACUAAGAAGUUGGUGUAUGACAUGAAUCACCCACCUGCAGAGGAAUACUUUGGUCGCUGUGCGCGUUGCGGUGACAAUGUGCUUGGCGACGGCAGUGGCUGUAUCGCCAUGGAGCAGGUGUUCCACGUGGAGUGUUUCACAUGCAUCACCUGCCACGCCCGUCUCCGGGGACAACCCUUCUAUGCCCUGGACAAGAAGAGCUACUGCGAGAGCUGUUACAUUAGUACCCUAGAGCGCUGCUCUAAGUGCUCCAAGCCCAUCUUGGACCGUAUCCUGCGGGCCAUGGGCAAGGCCUACCACCCGCGCUGCUUCAACUGUGUGGUGUGUGGCUGCUGCCUGGAUGGAGUUCCCUUCACCGUGGACGCCACCUCCCAGAUUCACUGCAUAGAUGACUUCCACAGGAAGUUUGCCCCCCGCUGCUCAGUGUGUGGCCAGGCCAUCAUGCCCGAACCGGGACAGGAGGAGACAGUCAGGAUAGUGGCGCUGGACCGCAGCUUCCACGUCAACUGCUAUGUGUGUGAGGAGUGUGGUUUGCUCCUGUCUUCUGAGGGCGAGGGGCGAGGUUGUUACCCCCUGGACGGUCACAUCCUGUGUAAGGGCUGCAGCGCCCGCCGCAUCCAGGACCUCUCCGCCAAAAUCUCCACUGACUGCUAACCAGCUAGGGGACGUCACCUCUGACCCUGCAAUCCUUCCAUUACUUUCACCUGCUCCGGGGUAGAAGUUGCCCUAAAGAAUAUAUCUGAGACCAGUUUAACCCCUCUCCAAAUCAUAACCUUAACCGCAAGGGGGGAAAUGUUAAACUAUCUCUAGAUCAGUUUCUAAGGGCAACUUCACCCUACUCUACUUUUUCAUACUCAUAUAGUCAAUCUUCAUUCUUCAGAUGCCCAAUGCUGUGGAAUCAGUAGUACCCUGUAACCUUAAACUGUCUCACAGUCUUCAAUAUGAUGUCAUUAUUUAAUUUCACUUGACCAGGUUUAUUGAUACAUGAUUACAGGUUAAAGACAGGGUAUUGAAACAUGGAUUGACAACAAGUUCCACCACUAUUCCCUAUCCACUAUUCCCUAUCCACUAUUCCCUAAUCCUUGUCCUCUGGUUUAUACUAGCUAUCACCUAUCCUCUAUAUUGUAUCCUCUACCCCUACUCCCUACUCCCUAUCCACUACGCCCUGUCCCCUACUCCUCAGCACAUACCAGUACUGUAUAGAGCCUCUGACCUGCAGGCAGCAGGGGCUGCACUAACCCAAC